AAUCUCCAACUUGGACAUCUCUUUUCUUCCCCACAACUCACACAACUUGUACACUACUCUUCGUGCUCGCAUCCUCUCAUCUUCAUCAUGUCUACGACUACCACGCCCAACGACUCGCCUUUACAGACCCCCAUUCAGCCCUUGCAUAACCCUAAGCAGGCCGCCCAUGUCGUUGUGCCACAAGCCCCGCUUGGCAAUGCCACUAAUGGGCCUCUUAAUCAAGCACCGGGAAUGGGGAUGAAAGCGCUAUUGGCGAAGAAGAUUGCAAAGAGCCAUAACCCUGCAUACGUCUCACCGACCGAUAACAUGAUGACUCCCUGCACACAGAAGAUUGGUGCUGCAAAGAAGAAGCACUUCACAAAGGGCGCGAAACCUAUGCCAUCGCUCUUUGCGCAGAAAGAGGUUUCAUCUGGGACAUCGUCUGGUUCGGAGGAAGAGUCACACCAAGACGAAAAGACGCGUGAUGACGAGAAUCCAUUCUAGAUGCUUUCUCCUUGAACGCCUCCGCCUAUCUUUAUUCGUCAUUCCAUUUACGAUCCGUCAUGUCGUCUCCGCAUCGUUCGUUCUCGCCUUGUUUUGUUUAGCAUGUUCCGGUUCGACACUAUUAUGUCCGUUGUAUCAUCACCUUAUAUGACCAGGGCUCCAAGCCCAAUUUGCCCUUAAAUUGAUACUCACAGGUCUUGGCUUGCGAUG